AUGUCACCUACAUUCCAGUUCGCUAUUAGCGUUCCUUCCGCCGUUUCUUCACUCGGUUUUUUAACUCCGGAUUCCCUCUGCGCCGGUUCAGAUAAUGGCACUGCACGCGUCUACGAUCUACCUUCGCCCAAGGUCGUCCGGGCAAUCAAAUCCCUGGGUUCCGAGAUAUCGACCGCGGUCACCGUUCAAAACACUGCUGAAGAAGAUUCUCUUGUAUGGUUCGCUAGUGGUCGUCGAGCUCUCUUGUUCGCGGUUAAGUCGCCCCAAUUGAUACUAUCGGAAGAAGAUGCAAUGUCUAUCCUCGAAUUGGGGGAAGACGACGAAGACGUGUUAAACGAGCUCUGUCUGAGUGACAACGGAAAGUACAUGGCAUUUGCCUCAGAUGCUGGAUCGGUUGGGGUUGUUGAGCUGUCCACGAAGAGAAUCUCGAGAAUGAAGUCGCGCCACGACAGUAUUUGUGGCGCAGUCAAGUUCGUCCCUAAUCGACCGAGCGAACUGGUCAGUGGUGGCUAUGAUUCUGCGGUGCUCCACUUCGACUUCAGUCAGGGAACUCUUCUUUCUCGCUACGAUAUCACCGCUCCUCUACCGUCAUCUGGCGUGUCUUUAUCGCUUCCUUUUGUUCUCUCAACCGCAAUAACCUCUGCGGGAUUGUUCGCCGCAAGUACGGCGGAUGGUCGCGUUUGGCUUGGAGGAGGCGGUGAAAAACGCGCAAGUCAAAGUGGGAAUAAGAAACGAAGUCGAAAAUGGGAAGGCCUCAAAGACGACGAAGGAUUGUGGCUUCAGGUGGCUGAAGGCCCCGUCGUGGCGAUCAUGUUCUCUGGCGUCGAAACCCUCAUUACAUGUUCAUUGCUUGGAACUAUCUCAGGGUAUCACAUUUCUCGUGAUUCCGAUAGCAAAUUGAAAGCAGGAAAGUUUUGGAGUGCGGGUUCAAAAGGCAUCGCUAAAGUCAACAGCUUGAGUAUUAGUGGGCAAUGGUUGGCGGUAGGUGGGUUGGUGACAGAUGGGAAGGGAAUAAUCGAGAUAUGGUGCAUGAAUUAA